AUGGUACUGCACCUGGGCACUCCCACCACGGUUCAACUGACUGUCAUUGUUACUGGGACUAACGUGGCACACGCCGUACCACGCUCCCGUGCUCCCACACCUGCAAUUGAUAUCCCAUGGACGCCCGCUGAGCUACUUGCCAGCACCACGAACCUCGACGCUGGCUGCUCCCCUCUUGGGCACCCCGUAUGUAGAGCUGUCCGCCCCAGACUUGGACUUGACGACACAGCACCGCCGCCUGCCCCCUCCCACUCUCCCUUUUGCGAAGACGCAGGCAUGGCGUCUGCCGACGACGCCCAUUCGCGAGCCAAGCGACCCGCGGCCAUGACGAGGCAGUCUUCGUCGCAGUCGCAGCCAUCGCAGUCACCAUCCGAAGGCCACGCCCGGCCGGCUCACCACAAAACCCGGGGCCAUGGCCAUCAUGUCGUUGGCCAGCGUGUGCAGCGGAACGCGUCGUUUGGCAAGAACCUGAACAAGCUGAACAAAGCAGCACAGGCGGCCCAACACACACAGCAGGCACAGGCGCACACGGCUGACAGCACGGGGCGACACCAUCGCCGCUCGCAGUCAGGAGCCUCCCUCUCUGCUCCCAGCAGUCCUCGGCCCAGUGUCAAGCGCAAUGCCUCGUCUGGGGCCAUUGUGAGAGCAGCGCACACAGCACACACGCAGGCCAACCUACGCAAGAACCACUCCAGCGGACAUCUGGCGCACAAGGGGCACGCAAAGCACGCUGUCAAGGUCUCCAAGAGCGACGUCACCCAUUUGAAACGUGUCAAUAGAUCACGGCACGCUUCUCCAGAGCCACAAGCAACAGUGCAUUUCGAUGUGGCCGGUGGAGACGACGAGGAAGAGGAGGACGUAGAAGAGGGCGGUGACGAUGGCUGGACCGAGGAGAGCGCGUCCCAGUCGCCGACUACCACGCGCUCCAACACACGAUCCAACUCAGUCGUGCUUGAAGCGCAGCAUAAAUUGGCCGAGAAGAACAGGGAGAAUAACAGAGGAGGCGGGGCCUCUCAGUCGGGAAGUGACCAGGACUAUGGCGUCCCAGCAACGGAGACACUGCCCGAUCGUACGUGCGACAACACGCGCACCAACGGCAGCAGCAGUUCACAGAACCACUCGCGACCAGCUAAUGCCGACAUGAUCACGUCGCGCCUGCUGCAACGCAGCGCCUCGCAUCACAACCCUGCCCAAACGUCCAAUGUGGCUGCCACGGUACUCUCAGCGACACAUCGGCAACACUUGGUGAGUACAAGUGCUGGAUCGACACUGGUGGAUACGCCUGGAAGAGAUCUGGUAUCGCGCUUCAUGGAUGGUGACGGCUCUGCUGGGACCCCUCACGAUGGGGCAUACAUGCCAUCGCACAGCAGCACAGGAACAGGCCAAGACGGCGAGCUGGACAACAGCAAGCGAAACAAGUCGAUGCCCAACGUCAGCGGAGCAGAUACUCCCUCCAAGGCGGCGUCUCGCUCUGGUGCUACGACACCCACAAACCUACCACCUUCGCGAACACAGCAGAAACUUAUGCUGCAGCGUGCAUCCUCUGCCAUUGAACCUCAGAAACUAGUGCCCGUUACACUCCCCCGCACGGGCGGUCCCACCUUCUUGCAGUCGGGCAUCCACUACAACGCCAACGGCGAAGGGCGACUUGACCCUAGGCUGCAGCAACAAUUCAACCACGUUACGGUCGAGUACAAAGUUGUGCGCAGGUACCGAAACCCCCUUGCGGACUCGAUUGCGCGCAUUCAGCACAUUCCGGGCAUGUCGCGGAAAAGUCGCAUACCGGGGGCUUCAAGCAACCAUGGUUUCGCAAACGCGCGCGGUUCCGGCAGCCUGAGCACAAGUUUCAGUAACGAGGCUGGGAUGGAAAGCGAUGGGGCCAGUUUGUCGCGCAGGUCGCGUGUUAUUUUCAAUGAUCAUGAAGAGGGUCGCGACAGGAAUGCUGGUGACGAGGGGGAUGCCGAGGGCCGGCAGAGUUUUGAAAGUGAGGGUGCACGCAGUCGAGAUGAAGCCGAGGAGAUUUGCAGACGGUUGUGGGAGAGCGCUGAAGUGGUAGAGGCAGAUUGA